AUGACCAUCCCCUCGUGGAAAUCAAUCGUUCAUCGAAAACGCGCCGACCAGCUCAAAGCUAUUCCCUCGUCCUGGCGCCUUUCCGCGACAGUCCUCACGCCUCCACUGCCCGAUACCCUCGAAACCAUCCGAACAUGCGGCAUUCUCUCCGCCCAAGAGCUCGAGUGGACCGAGACUAACGAUGUGGCGAAGCUACUAGCCCUCCUGGCAUCGCGAGAGGUGAGCUCCGUGCAGCUGACCACGGCAUUCUGCAAGCGGGCUGCCAUCGCGCAGCAGAUGACGAAGUGUCUGACGGAGAUCUUCUUCGACCGGGCGCUGGAGCGAGCCAAGCUGCUCGAUCAGAUGCUCGAGAGGGACGGGGUGGUGACGGGGCCGUUGCAUGGCUUACCUGUAUCUAUCAAGGACCGGUUUGACUUGCAAGGGGUGGACAGUACGGUUGGAUGGGUCGGUUUGAUCGGGAAACCGGCGCAGAGAUCCAGUUCGAUUGCCCGACUGCUGGAGUCAAUGGGUGCGGUGCUCUAUGUCAAGACAAAUAUCCCGCAGUCUCUGAUGAUGUCCGACUCCUACAACCAUGUCUUCGGCCAGUCCAUUAACGCGUUCAACCACGAGCUCAUCUCCGGCGGCAGCUCCGGAGGCGAGGGCGCCUUGAUCGGUGCUCGGGGCAGCAUCCUCGGCAUCGGCACGGAUAUCGGGGGCUCGAUUCGCAUCCCGGCCAACCUGCAGGGUCUCUACUCCAUCUGUCCCACGACGGGCCGUGUCCCGUGGGAUUGCUCCUUCAUGCACCAGCACUACCUGGUCCCUCCUGUCGCAGGCCCCAUGGCAAGGAGCCUCUCAACGAUCGAAUGCUUCAUGCGAGCGCUUCUGGACUCGAAUCCGUGGGACGUCGAUCCGGGAUGCAUCCCGAUCCCCUGGAGGAAGGAGCUGGCGGCUCUACCAAGCAGAAAGCUCCGAGUGGGAGUCGUCUUCGACGAUGGAGUGGUCAAGCCCCAACCUCCUAUAUCUCGUGCGUUGCGGGAAGUGGCUGCGAAGCUCAAAGCAGACGGUCAUGAAGUACUCGAAUGGAACACUUCCCUCCACGAAACCACCACAAAACUCUGGACAAAAGCCAUCCUCGCAGACGGGGGGACGCAUUGCAAGCACCUCUGCGACAUUGUCGACGAGCCUUUGAUCGAAGGUAUGGUGGUCGGGACUGCAGCAGACCAACUGACUCUCCUUGAACGGGAAAAGCUGGAGGAGGAGAAAUGGGCGCUGCAGGAGCGAUUCCUCAAACAGUGGAAAGACAGCGGCAUCGAUGCCCUACUCAUGCCGGUCACGCCCUGGGUUGGGUACAGGCCCAAGACGUGGGUAAAGAGUACCCAAUGGCUGGGCUACACGGCUCCCUGGAAUCUCCUCAACUACGCCGCGGUUACGGUUCCGGUGACGAGCGUUGAUCCAGCCCUGGAUGAACCCGAUGAGGAUUGGCUGGCGCAUAUGCCCCGGAACCAGUCCGAUGCAUUUAACCACGCUCAGUACGAUAUCGAGCUGGUGAAAAACAUGCCAGUCUGUGUCCAAAUUGUUGGAGGGCGCUUCGGGGAGGAGAAGGCUGUUGCCGUUGCGAAAGUGCUUGAUGAGCUUCUUCAUCUAUGA